AGGAGCGUUGCGUGACGACACCCCAAAACGGCUGUCUAGCACUGACUAGGUAAGUGUGCACGCCGUCUUGUUUUAAAGGCAUUUAUUGGCAAUUGUAGUAGACAAAUUUCCGUUAUAGUUAUUGCUUUUGUAUUCAAAAUUCAUCUAGGAAACCAAAUCGAUCUUGCAGGGAAUACCCUCUUAACAGACUCACGCGAAAUUUUAUACUCUGUUUAGGACAGAGAGGUCGAAAACCAUUGGGUCCGCCCUUGACGUGUUAAUUUCUUCACAUUACCGCAUGUGACAACCUGAUGUUUAAAGGCAACUUCAGAAACGCAUUUAUAAAAUUAAAAGGAAUAUUCUCCACCUAACGGAUGCACAAAUUUACCUCGGUGAUUUUCAAUCUGAAGAAUUAGGGGUCAGGCGUAAUUUGAAAGCAACCUUAAGGCUCUUAAGAGAUUGAAUCACCAAUACUAAAUAAGUGCUAAGAAGACCUUGACAUACUAGCAAAAAAUACGUCUCAGCUUACUAGAGGAAGCUGUGAGCAGUCUGUACAUGUACACGCUAAAGCCAGGAAAAAAUUCAGGUGAGGAAAAAACCUUUCUAAAUGUCUUAACAAAAAGUAAAAAGUGGAUUAAUCAAAGGAGUAGUUUUUUUAGGUAAUCAAUAUGAGAACAUUGUACCAUAAACAGAUAAAGAAGAUGUUCGAUAUGGAUUUUUUGAGUGUUUUAACUCUUUUUUUCAGUUUAGCACCAGUGAAAGGCUAGUAAGGUGCUUUCUAACAAACCAUGUUCUCUCUCAUUUUCGUAUUGGCGAACCCCAGUCAGCUGCCUAGUGUAAUUAUAAUUAUAGCUAUUAUUCAUUGGCAAAACUUAACCAGCUAAUAAAGCGAAAUGAAGGUCUAUCAGGAUCGUCUAAAACCGCGUGGUCUAUGAAGACUAUUAAAAAAUAACCGGCUCAUCAAGUUCACUUUCACUGUAAACAAAGCAUUUACAUUUUGAUUGCUUCACCCAAAAACAAAUUUACAAACCAGGAGAAAAAUGAGUUUCGUUGCUUUGAACCGUGAGUCCAUGGUCGCAUGUUUGCCGUAAACAAAGGGCAAACCACGUUUUUGACUGAAUAGUACGCAAAAUUCAGAACUGGUAAGUUUCGUCCCGGAAUCGCGUUUACCAUAUCAAUCAGUUCCAUUGACCGAAAAACGGUCGCAAAGACCGGAAACUGGUUAAUUAAAGAUGGCUUUGAAGACAUGGAACUCGAAUUUUCAUUUUAGAAUAGUCCGUCCGGAAAAAUAAGGCUUAACCUUUUCAGAUGUUCCGUUGCUCCCAGAAAUUUUCCGCUGGAACGAUACAAAAAAUCGUGUUCCAUUUACUUUCCAACAGAAUUUUCCCGAAACGUUUUGUAAAUGCUUAACAGCUAAUGUUUGUGUUGUCGAAUUCAAUCGAGAAAGUCAAGACAAACAGUAGUUUCCCGCGAUCUGUCAUACCACUUUUCACCAUGCUUUGAUCAUGUGCAGUUAUAUCCCGGGAGGGAAAAGGUAGCCGAAUUUUAAUUAAAUACAACAAUGGGUAUUAUUGUCUGGUAACGGUUUGUUUAUGACAAAAAAAAAUCAUAAAAUACCUGUCAGUUAAGGACAGUACCCUCAGUUUUAUCACCCUAUUUACGUUUUGAUUGCUUCACCCAAGAACAAAGUUGCCAACUAAGAGAAAGAUGAGUGUUUAGGUUUUCUAAUGCAUGUAACCUUUAAACAAGCCCUCUAUUGGGUGAAAGGGCGGAGAUUACAACUACUCUGCUAAAAUUACCCCCGCAAAAAAGCUCUUUUUAUAAGCAUUAUAAUAUAAACUCCAGCUUUAUGAGAUGCCUGCAUGAACCAUCUAUAUCCUUUUCUUAACUGAUUACUCGAAAACCUAGCGCUCAGUAAGUUCUAGAUCUGGUUUAAAAACAUCAGUCUGGAAGCCUCAUCUUCGUGAACAUGGUGCAAUGGAACCCCGGUAACUCGAACUCUGAAGGGAAACGAAAAACAGUUCGAGAUAGCGGGGAAUUCGAGUUAACGGGGUAAAUUUCAGUGAAACUUUGAUCAAGGGAAAGGAAAUCGUAGUUCGAGUUACCGGGGAAUUUGAGUUAUCCUAUUUUGAGUUAUCGACGCUCUACUGUAUUACGUUGUUAUCAUAAUCUGACCUUUAUCAAAUUCGGGACUUGUGUUUAUCUUGAAGACGUCAAAAUUUGAGCGCUAGUUAACUUUGAUCUCGCUUUAAACGGAUUCAAGGCAACGUGGAUUAUUAUUAAGGUCAUUUAGUAAUUUUACAUUUUAGCCAGGGUCUCUCUGAACGGAUUGUGAGUAAACUGUCCAGCCUUACAGAAGUGCAAAUUUUAAUGUGAGUCUUGGAAUAUGUACCUAGUAACCACGGCUUUUUUACAGAUAUAUUUUCUUCCCGGGCCCAGCUGAUAAGUUGCAUAACGAUAUGCAUGGCCGGGCUGGACCAGACAGUUUUUAUUUAACCAGAUCUCAACCGGAUCCUGCACUCCUGCCAACGUCCGCCAAAACAGGGCAGUUUGCUAAACAGUUUGAGUCGGGUUGCACGCGAUAUAACUUUUAUGACUUGUAUAAGAAUGUUAAGCUGCCCCUGACCCGUGAGAUUCCUACGCGGAUUGCCCUAGAAAUAAUAAAGAAAUUGGCUUAAAAUAUCGUUGAAAGGAUCUUUCAUGUGUUAAAAGACUAAGUUUUUCGUGCAGAUAUCGUGGACAAUUUAAAAGUUUGCCUAGAAUAUCGCAGGAGAAACUAACAAGAUUGGCCAUCAAUCGUGAGAUUAAGAACUUUUUUAACUUCGAAUUUGAAAAAGAAGCGGUCAACAAAACCAGCCGGAAAAUUUUCAGUCGACACAAAGCAAACUUGUGACUUAAGGGAGCCAUUUGUUUGUGACAGUUGCAAAUUGCUCCACUCAAUGAAACUGUUAAGUAAUGGUCCAGAUAAGAAGGAAAGGGCCAAAACGCAGUGAACACGUCGGAAUGUAAAAAGGUGCUAACUUUACUAUUGUCUCUACUAAGGUUCUGAUUGGUUUAAACAUCAAAUUUUACGAAAUCUUCGCAAAGCAGCAUGUAUAUUAAUCCCUUUUUUUCUAUCCAACUUCCUUAUAACAAAAUCUCGUUGCAGUGGAAGGUGCAAGGCUGCCACCCAAGGAACAUCCGGUUUACUUAAGGUAUUACUUUUUCGGUAACAGUGUUUAUUACUCACUUCUUGCACUCGCACAAAGGUCUUUUUAUAAUUGAUAAACAGCGUAUUGUUGGGUUGAUAUACCACAGGUAGCCCAAGGUCGAAAUAUGAGCAUCGGCGAACAUCGGUAUUGUUGCGUAACAUUCGAAAUAUAAAGAUUUGUGUGGAGAAAAAACCUAUCGUUUCUGUAACCUACGGAAAUGAAACGAUUUCAAUAAAAAACAGCUUACCUUACUUAAAAUGUGUGUUACGUCUCUCCUAUGUGGUCCACGGGCCGAUUUAUGGCCUUUUUAUAGAUUUUAUGUAAACGGGUUUCUCUCUAUAUAAAGGUUAGAGAGAAAACCGUUUACAUAGAAACCCAUAAAACGGCCAUAAAUCGGCCCGUGGACCACAUAAGAGAGACGUAACACACAUUUGAAGCAAGGUAAGCUGUUUUUUAUUGAAAUCGUUUCAUUUUCGUAGGUUACAGAAACGAUAGUUUUUUUUCCCAUACAAAUCCUUAUGCUGCGAAUGUUAUGCAACAAUGCCGAUGCUCGCCUAUGCUCAUAUUUCGAGCUUUGGCUACCUUUAUUUGAAUAAAGUAAUAUCAUCAGUUACAAAACUUCUUUACGUGAAAGCCGGAUUGAAAUAUAGAAAUACUCCAAAAGCAAUAUGUAGCGACUGUCGGUGGCUGAGACUAAAUCAACAAUGUUUUAAUUACUGUCUUAAAUUGUAUUUGGUUUUUAUUGUUUCGAGCCGAUGUUUAGUUUUUAAAAGGCCCUCCGGGCUAGGGUACGUCAAUGUACCAUUGUCUAGAUAAUCUAUAUUUAGUGUUCCAUCUUAUUUCGCGUUUUCCUGUUUGCACGGAACACCAAGGCACGGUUUAAACAUAUUGAGGCAAUAAUUUGCAGCCAAGUUUUAAAGCACGAGACAAAACAACUAACUAAAACGGAAACAUUCGUUUCAACCAUCUUGAAAAUAAAACCGAUUCACGUCACAGCGAUGCUUGGCCACAAUGGAAGCAAUAAAAACAAUUUGAAAUAAAAAUAGUCUUCGUGCCUAAGGCUUAAUUAGGUAAGAUGACCUGAAAAGUAAAAUGCCUCUAAAUGUUGAGUAAAUUGAAGAUUAUGAUAGAAACAUAAUUUAAUCAAGAAAUCAAGGCGGGAUUUUUUUGGUUUUGCAAACUUCACCGGUACCCAUAAAACUGCUGGCGCAUUUGGAAUAGUCAACGCGGAUUUUUCUUUUGCGUCCUUUGUUUUUUUCUUUUCGCUGAGUGUCAGUGGCGUUGAGACCACCUAGCCUGUAAAAUAGAUUCAGUAAAAUAACAUGUAAAAUACGAGUUUUAGAGAUGCUGCAAUGAAAAGGUCAAUGCAGGUUAAUUGUGUUUAAUAUGUUUAAUUUAGUUCAAGCAACAAAAAAAAAACACAAACAGCGGUGGUCAGUGAACUUUCGCUUUUUUAUAGAAACUUGACUUUUUGUAUUCUAGUCAACACGCAUGUAAAUUUUCAAAUAAAGUUAUUAAAAGUGACCGUUACUGACUAAGACAAAACUAUUUACACAAAAUUGAUAAGGGCUUCUGGAAUUGAGAUUAACCAAAUUCUUAACAGUGUAAUUAGUAUGUGUAAUCAAAUGGUGACGAGUGAAACUGGGGUCGGAAUAAUUUUACGCGCGUUUUCUCUAAAUCCAAGAGAAAUUAUGGCUCUUGCCAAAUCCUAAUAAUUUGCCGAGCCUUUAGGGACAUUAAAGCUACAUCUGGCUUAAUUUCAGACUUUUUCAGAAUUUUUCGACGAAAUACCUGAUAGAAUCCUUCUCGAUGUGCUCUUUCUAAAGCGUCUUUUAAAGCCCUAACCAAAACCUUGACGCCAUCUUGGCACUGAACUUUGCCAUGCUGAAAUUUCGCACCAAAUCAAAUUAAGGAGUAAUUUUUAAGAAUCAGCGGUUUUGUCAGGCAUCAGCGGUUUGCAAUCUUGAACAGCAAAGUAGGACAGCCAGGUGCGAAAGGUUUAACCGCUAUUGAAUAGAUCCUGAUUAAGUAGCUAAGAAAUAAAAAGAUACGAAACAAAUUUCACCAGGGAGCACUAGCCAUGGCAAAUUUUGGGGGAUUUUUUUUUUUUCAGGCAAUAGCAUUUAAAAAACUUGAAUAAGAGUUGUCUUAAUGAAUUUUUUCAAUCCAUAUCCAAUUUUCCUAUCCAUAAGAGCAUUAUACGACGGAAAUAAUUUCAAUGUUCAAAUAAAACCUUGAAUAACAAAUGGCAAAACUGUAAACAAAGAGAGCAAAUAGCGUGAAAAAAAUAAUGGCAUUCCAACCGAUAAGAAAAUCGCUGCCUGAAUCGGUUGAAAGCUCAUCACGAAAUAUUGCAUGCCAUUUCUUUUGGCUAUCGACAUCGCUCAACCUCUCGACCACAGCCAAAGCCGUCAAUUCCAUCUUUUUUUAGAUUUGCCUCCACAUCUGUAAAAAAAAUAGCCAAAUUAAAAAUUAUACCUGUUUUUCUUGAAAACGUUUAUCGCUUCCUCAAAUUUCCGCAGUGUCAAACAGUCUCACAGUCUCAAAACUCUUGCAGCAACGCAACACAAUUCGCAAAAUAACCCAGUGUUUCUUACCGCGCUGACCACCAACCAAGAUGUACAGUAUUUCUAGUUUGCGGGCAGCGAGAAAAGCUCAGUGGUCGGUGUCUAGGCUUGUCUUUCCCACAGACUAUUGCAACUUUCAAGUUAAUCUGGCGUGAUCGACAAAACUUUGCAUCGCUUUUAACUGCUUGUUUGACAAAUGAAUAAACCCUUUGUAAUUAAUAUUUGAAUAUAAUAGCUCUUUUGGGACUUUUUACAAACCGAAGUGACCGAUUUCUCUACCUUUUCAUUUACUUUAACAAGCAAAUUUCCUACCCUUUCAUAUACUAGCCUCCCACGCAGGCAUUUUUAGGAAGGCUCGCCGUAUUGAUCGUCUCUCCCCACAAACGCCUGCUCAACCGCGAGAACAACCUUCUUUUCCCACACUUAGCCCAGUCAAACUGUACCUUCCAGAUUCUAAAAGGUUGACCUUGACUGCAGGGUAACCCGAUAAUUACUCGAUCUGCAUGAAACACUGGAGACGAUUUAUGACCUCUAAUAAAUGUUAGACUCAGAGCGGCAAAGUAAGAUUUAUAUUAGUCAGGUUUUAGAAUACUCCAUGGAGGCGUAUGUGGGCGAGUGGUUAACAGCUCGAACUCUGGAUCUGAAGCUCCGGGGUUCAAGCCUCGCCCGUGGAGUUGUUUCCCUAGACAAGAAACUUUAUACUUCACUUUGUCUCUCUUUACCCAGGUGGAUAAAUGGGUACCGGCCACAUACUGAUGGGGGGUAACCCUGCGAUGGACUAGCAUCCCGUCCAGGGGGAGUAGCAAUACUCCUAGGUUUGCUUCAUGCUACGGAAACCGAAAAUAAGCUCCGGCCGUGUGGGCCUUUUGGCUCGUGUGCCUUUACCUACCUAGAAUACUUAUAUUGCACUGCAAAACUUUAGCGAAGGAAAGAAAGAAGGAAAAAGGUAACUCUAGGGUCACAUUGUUACACUACCACGAGCUUAUUAGUCGUGUUUAGACUGUCAACGCUUUAUUUGAAAACUGUUGAUUAAACAAUGGGAAAGGAAUGUUGUUCUCGGUUGAGCAGGCGUUUGUGGGGAGGGACGAAAUACGAGCUCCCCUAAAAACGCCUGAGAGGAAGGCUAUUCAUAUACCUAAAGCCUGUGAAGCUACCCUUUUCGGCAGGGGCUCCUCCCUUGUAAGUCAUCAUAGGGAGUACCGCCCAGCACUUCUCUCUGCCCUGCGGCAUUAGUCAGCGUGAUUGGCGUCGAAAGGGGAGGACAAAGGAGGAAAAAGGGCGUUUGCCACGCAUGCUAUUCGGCAUUAUUGAUUUGUGUUAUAAAAUCAGUGAUUGUAGUCUACGAAGCCGCUUGCUGUAACUCCAGCGGCAACUAUACUUAACGGAUUUACAAUUACCAGUAAAGAAGCUGCAGAAUACGUAAGUUCUCAGAAAUUAAAUAUUUGCCAAAUGAUAGUUUUCACACUUAAUAGAUGUAGAUCUUCUUCUAAUUUUGUCAGUUUUGUGGACAGAAAAGUCGACUAACUAAUUUUUUUUUCUAUAUACGUAAUAUUGUAAUGAUCUAAUAUAAACAGUUUGCUUCGUAUUGCUUUGUAGACCUCUCCUGACGUUUUUGAAGAGUAGUUUUUCAAGAAAAAAAGCGUUUUGUGGUCCGGGUAUGACGCAUAUCUAAAAUUAACGUCUUUGUUUCACAUACAUGUAUGACGACUUGCGGGUUCGUUAACAGUGCAUUAUUUAAUUAGUUUUUUUACAAUCACACGGUCACGGCAAACAGUUUCAGAUUUAUUUCUGAUAUUGGUCUCGUUUUUUGUAAAUUAAUAAGAGUAGCUUAAAACAGAGAUUGUCUCAAAGGCAUGAAAGAACCUUCCAUUUUCCUAUGAAAACGCUGGAAAUGACCUUUCCGAGGACCUAAAAAUCAAAAUUUUUCGGGGGAGCAUGGCCCCAUAACUCCUAGGAUGGUCUGCCUCCCGCGGACAUUUAUCCGAAUUUCCCUUCACUAAAUCCUGGAUCCGCCCAAGCGAUCACUUUCGCGCAAAACCACCUUACGAUCCUUACGGGCCCUCUUUAAACCGGCAGCUCAGCAAAGAGAACAUCGAAAACUGAUGUUCAGUAAGGCAUAUUUUCCUAAAAGAUACGCUAAUGUAAUAACAUGUAUAUUUUGUGAAAGGGAGGGACUUGAAUUCUGAAGUGCGGUUGAAUGACCAACAACCCGUGGAAUGCAAAUUUUAGGAAAUUCUAGAUACUUAUAUUCGUGUUAUAUGCUUUUCAGAAUACAUAUUCCGAUAGCUAGAUAAAAGAUCAGUAAGCAGUGAAAUUGCCAAAUUUUUGUCAUAUGUUCACAAAUUGUGCUGCUGGUCAAAGCGAUACCUGGAACAAAAUUAUAAGAGACAAGUAUUGGAUGAAAUGUAGAAGCGCUAUUAGGUGCUAUUGAUAUGUAAAACGAACAAUAAUCAAUACACCUUCGCCUUUCACGUUUAAUUAGCAUGACCUGAAAAACGUCUACGUGCGGUAAAUUUAUUUCUCGCGUGGGGAAGUUGUAAGCUUUCUAUAAAUAAAAUGUGGACCUUUCAAUAUCCUUUUGUCAACUUUAUUCCAAAUGCAAGGUAUAAAUGUAUAAUAAAUAUAAUAAAUUCGGUGUUAUAGCUUAGAAGCCACUGGAAAACGUAUACGUUGAAAGGUAAGACAACUGAAACCGAUGUGCUUAAAAUGUUUAGACGAAUUAGUGUUCAAUAAUUAUAACGAUCGAUUAAUCAAUGAACCGGACUGAUUUUUCAGGGGUUCGUUUCAUUCAAACUGCAGGCUUGCAGGCCGACAUUACUUAGCAGUUAUCUAUAUGUAGACUACGAGCGGGCUAAAAUAGCAAUUUUUUGCAGUUUUAUAUAAGUAGUCUCUACGUUAACACCUGUGUUUGCCGUGGAUUAUUUCAAGUGGUUUCAUAUUUUGAGUGAAGCGCCUGUGAUAGGCAAGGGCACUUUGGAAACGGAUCACUUUCACUGUGAACAAAGAAUAUAAACUUCAGUAUCCAAGAAAUUGACCUAUCCAGGAAAACUUGAAAUAAAUUUAUACUUUUUUGUCUCACAACUUUUGUAGACUGGAUUCACUAUCUGAAAAUUCCAUUUUGAGUGGGUGCAUGCGAUCCGAUACAAAACAACCUAGCAGAAGCAUCAAUGCUUAACUUUUCGUACCUGGCCCAUUUCAACAUUUCUAAGAGUUUUAACACGGGAACAGAUACGUACUCACAAACAACUAAGAAAACAGAUCACAGGCAUUUUUUAAAGUCAUAAACUAGCUGCGUAAUGUGUCAAAUGGAAACUAAAGUUAACUAAAUUCAUUGGCUUUGAAUACUCCGCAGUCAAAACUGAAUUAUAUGCGUGAAUGAUUCUCUCGAGGACCAAAAAUACUCAGUUCUAAAACAUGCACAGUUUGACGCACAAAAGCUUCACUAUCAUACUAUUCUCAUUCGUAUAUAGUUUAUUAAAACUGCCCACAUAUGAUUUGUGUUUCUUAACAAAAAAAAAUUUGUCAGGAAGACCAAAGAAAGUCGUAAAUAUUUAUGUAAUAGGUUAUUGCUUAUGAUCUAUAUCAGAGUACAGGUACACAGGGCUUAAAAGAAAGCGAGGUAAUUACAAUUGAUUUUGGACUUGCUGCGAGUAAUGACUUUGAUACUGUAAACGAAAAGGAAUCACUUCAUCCAGCAAAUCACAUUAUUAUUAUUAUUAUUUUUAUAGUGUUUGAAGUGAAAACGCAGGAUGUGCAUCUUGUUUCUCUACUUCUGUGACAAGCCGACUCCUAAUGGAUAUCGCCUUAUUAUGGCCUCGAACAGGGAUGAAUUUUACUUUAGACCAACGGCAAGAGCUGAUUUUUGGGAGGAAAACCCCAAUAUAAUUGCAGGUAUUUUUCCUUCUAUUCAGGCGCGAAAAAACAUUCGGUUUUUUUUUAGUUUUUGUUUGUUUUGUUUGGUAGGUGUUAGCGGUGGUGGAUUCAGGGUGGGGGGGAGUGGAAGUUGGUGGUUGUUUUUUACCCUCCCAAUUUCUCUUCGCCUUUAUCAGCUGCAACUCAUAAUUAAGAGAAAUCAAUCAUUAUAUUUCAAGUUUCAACGCCUUGGAUAGUUUUAUGAUCACACCGAGAGUCUCCUUAGUGAAAGCGUAUUUAUGACACCGUAUAUUAACUGAAAACGGAAAGUAUAUACACAACUUAGAGACCAUGUGAGUGGUAGCCUGAGAAAAGAGCCGAUAUUUUGCGACGCUACCACUGGUUUCCCUGCAAAAUGACGUCUGAGAAACGAGCGCAGAAAUUCCAUACUGAUGACGCGUCACUACCCACAUCUGGGUAGUGACGCGUCAUCAGUAUAAUAAUGAUAGACAAGUAUGGAAUUUCGGUGCUCGUUUCUCUGACGUCAUUUGGCGGGGAAACCAGUUGUGGCGUCGCCAAAUGUCUGCUGUUUUCUCAGUCUUUGUGAAUAGUUACAUUACUUCUUAUAUCAUGUCUGGUUGUCAUUGGACUCAAGCCGGAAUUUUUUUUGAUCAAAAUGAAAAAAAUUAAAUUUGGAAGAGAAAAGCCACUUGUGAAGUUUAUUUAUUUCAACAAUCAUAGGCAAUCUGUCUGUUCGUGUCUUCACCCCCAAAGCUGGCAUAGUAACAAGAUGCAAACAUUUAUGUUUUUCAUUAUUCAUUUCCUUUUUCAGGGAUAGAUCUGGAACCAGGCAAAGAGGGCGGAACAUGGCUUGGAAUGAACAAAGAUGGAAAAUUUGGAGUGAUCACAAACUACAGACAAGCGCCAAAGUUUAUGAAUCGCCAGGCACUUGGGAGAGGCCACCUCGUGCCAGAUUUUUUAAAGGGCGAUGGUACUGUAAAGGAUUACCUUCAAGAUGUUAAUAACGCAGCUGACAACUAUAAUGGUUUCAAUCUCUUGGUGGGCAAAUUAUCUCUCACUGAAGAGUCCAGGGUGGGAUGGUAUUGUAACAUUGAAGAGAGAGUCAUUACGAUGCUGAGGCCUGGAAUUCAUGUCUUGUCCAAUAAGGUGCUGAAUUGUCCAUGGCCAAAGAUGGUGUAUGGAAAAGAAAGGUUUGGUAACAUUCUGAAUGAGGCCAGCACCAAACAAGAGCUUAUCGAUAAGCUGAUCGAGAUGCUUAAUAUGCGUGAGAGGUAAGUUAAAUAAACUAGUAAUAACCAAAGGGUAGGGAGUGCGGGCGACAACGAUCGAAGGUCCAAACGCUUUUGCUCCAACGCUGUGCUUUGCGCACGUUUUACGUGAAAGAUGGUCGAAACACGCGUGAUGAGGUUACGAGGGGUAGCAGGUCAAAACGCACGUGAUCAAAAUAAUUGGGUUCUGUGAAUUUAAUUUAUUCUUAGUGGACGUCCAAACGAAUGCUGGCUACAUACAUGCGACGCACGCGUAAUAACAACCCGGAGGUUAGGAUUGCGGGCUCCUCUUGUCGCCGGCAAUAAAAUAGAAAUAGGAGAUUGACGUCACGUUAUCAUGGUAGCAAAAUUUCUAGAUCUCAACAAUCUUUUUUAACAGAGACGGUCAUUUAUGCAAAAUUUUCUUUUGUUCCAACAAAUUGCAAGUUACGCACGUGACAGAUAGUGAAAACACACGUGAUCAGAUUACGAGGGGUAGAAAGUUAAAACGCGCGUGAUCAAAAUAAUUGGGUUCUGUGAAUUUAAUUUAUUCUUAGUGGACGUCCAAACCAAAUAGAAAUAGACGAUUGACGACAGGUUAUUAUGGUAGCAAAAUUUCUAGAUCUCAACAAUCUUUCUUGACAGAGACGGUCAUUUAUGCAAAAUUUUCUUUUGUUCCAAAAAAUUGGUACUGUUACUGGCCACGUGAGUGAAAACGCUCUAUGUAAAGCAAGCCCUUAAACAUCUGUAAAUAAUGUGACUUCACACUAUACCAGAUAGCUUUUCUUUCCGACACUUAAAGCUCGAAACCCACACACCUCUGUGGCUUCUGAUUGGACGUAUCAUUUUUCUCACACGUGAAAAAACAUAGUUCGCGAUUCUGAUUGGACGUAUCAUUUUUUUUUCACGUGUGAGAACCAUCGUUCGCUCCUCUGAUUGGCUAGAACUAAUUUGCGUACGAAAAUUUACGACAUAGCUUUUUGGUGAGUAUUUCUCAGUAUGUAUAUAAUAAGUGAAUAUCCACUUUAAAAUGGGCGAGGCACAGCUUGCGUUACAGAAAUCGCGCGGAAAUCACCAUUCCUAUGUGUUAAAAGAAGCCAUAUCUGGUAUGGUUUUCGUACAUGCGCAAAAGCUAUUUUGUAGGGUGUGAACAUACUUUAACACUACUAUACUAUAUUACAGAUCUUUUUAUUGUGGAGAUGCUAACAGCUUUAUCGGUCCCCAAGACCAAGAUCAUGACAUGAGUUUUGUUGAUGCGUGCAGAUCAAUCUUCGUCGACUAUAAAGAGAAACAAUAUGGAACUAGGUAAACAUGUUCAAUUAAUCUUGGUUUCACUCGAGCAGCAAAUGCUGCUUACGUGCAGACGUCUCCUAUUUCCUUUUGCACGCGGUUCGCGUGCAAAAGGAAAUAGGAGACGCAAAUGCUGUAGUUUGCUUGUCUUGUUUUUUUGUUUGUUUCCGUUUUCUUCUCUUCCCACCAUAUUUCUCCAAUAGAGGACAUUAAUGCCACUGCAAUAAAAAACAUGAUUUUACGUUAUGUUUCUAAGAAUAAAAAAAUACGCUUAUGCCCCUUUAAAUGAGAAUGAAGGCCAGAUUUGUCUGAAACCGGUCAAGAACAUGACAUGCUCCCGGUUCGAAGAAGUACAUUUACAAUGUACAGCAUUAUGGCCAGUUCGUAUAGGCAUCAUACGUAUCCAAUGUUUUGUUUUUUAGAAACAAGAACAAGUAAAAUAUAAGAUGUAUAACAAAGAAUGUUUUUCAUAUUAUUCCUUAUUAUGGAACCAAUUUCAGUAGAGUUAUCAUCCUCAUAUUGGGAGUAUGAGUAAACGUUAUGGACAGACAUUUCACUCACUGCUUGAUUUUUUUUUCCAACUCGCCAAACAAAAAUACUUAAUGAGUACUUCUUGAUUGGCGCCACCCAGAGAAACGGUGAAACAAGUCAAACAAAGCUACUUCCCAUGGUGCUAUUCAUUAAAGUGUCAGGUUAUACCUACCAAUUAACUCAAAAAUAAAACAAAUAAUAAAGUAAUUUUUCGGCUAUUAUAGCGAAAAAAUAUGUAAAAAUAGAAAAGAAAAAAGCCCGGGGCCACUGGCGUAUAAACUUCCCGCGGUUUCGAGGUGCGUACACUGCGAUUCUAAAGCAUGGUUACUGAGUUAGGGUGUUCGAUUGUUUUGGCACACGACAAGUGGCACGUUUUUGAAUCGGAAAGCGAGCUUGCGUUUGGAGGUAUAACGAGGUGUUUUUACUCAAUUUAUCAUUGUAUUUUCAGGACAAACACAGUGGUGUUAGUAGAUGCAACAGGUCACGCCACAUACGUGGAACGCACAUUAGAGGAUGACGCGACAGACCCGGAUGAAGCGGAGUGGAGACUAAGUACCCAUGAGUUCGACAUCCAAGAGGCCUGUGGUUGCCAUGACGAAAAUCAUAAUAUCUCUGUUGUAUUUAACUCCAGUCUUUAGAAAGAGAAAAUGAGGGCAUGUUCUAAAACCCGGAGCACCCCGAAAACCUGGCGGGAGUAGAAUAGAAACCCUUACCUUAAUCUGCAAAUAUUUUUAUGUUAUUUCUGUUUGUUUUAAUCAAUGGUUUAUUUCUAGUUAUGCCGGGGGUGUUCCACUGGGUUUUAGUAAAUGCCAAAAACGAGAAGGAAUGUUCCAUUAAAUGUUAAACAUCAACAUAUUUGGAUUUACAACUUCAAUUUCGACUUACCCAGGCUGAACGGACUCCUUUCGUGAUGUUAUUUUCAUGGCUCUGUCUAUAUCAGUUAUCCAGCGAAGCUCAUUAACGAAUUAAGUUUACCGACCUAAGACCACGCCCCGCAAAGGGGGAAAAAGCCAAAAACGAGGUGAAACCGUGAAAAAAAUUGGUAAGCGAAGCGAGCAGAGCGGUGCAACUCGGUUCAACGAUUUUUCUUUUUCCUCUUUUUACCCCACUGCGGAGCCUGGUCCCACGAUAUUAUUUUACGUUUCUCUUAAACGUAAAAAAAGCAAAAGUAUUGAGAAAUGACCGACAAAUGAUUCAAGCAACUAUCCUUGAAAGUAUUACAUGAGGUACUUAAAUCAAAUCUGUAACAUUCGUUCGAUUCAGUAAUUAAAAUAGAG